AGUUGUCAUUUUGCAUUCAGUGGCAGGCAACCGAUUAUUAUAAAUGACGAUUUAUUGAUAUUUUAACAUUAGUUUAUCUUCAAAAUGCCUUAUUGGUACUACGAUAAAAAAGAUUUACAAAAUACACCGUCUUUUCGCGAUGGCAUUAGUAAUGAAAAUGAAAAUCGGUAUCGAAAAGAAGGCGCAAGGUUUAUCAUUGAUACAGGUUCCAAAAUGGACUUAGGUUAUAACACAGUGGCCACUGGUGUUGUUUAUUUUCAUCGUUUUUACAUGUUCCAUUCGUUCAGAACUUUUCCUAGAUAUAUAACAGCGUGUUGUUGUUUAUUUUUGGCGGGUAAAGUGGAAGAAACCCCAAAGAAGUGUAAAGAUAUAAUAAAAGUGGCAAGAUCAUUGCUAACUGACCAGAAGUUUAGUACAUUCGGUGAGGAUCCGAAAGAAGAAGUGAUGACCCUUGAAAGAAUACUGCUGCAGACUAUAAAGUUCGACUUGCAAGUCGAACACCCAUAUGGUUACUUGCUAAAGUAUGCAAAAUGUCUGAAAGGAGAUAAAACAAAGUUACAGAAGAUGGUUCAAAUGGCAUGGACUUUUGUUAAUGACAGUUUAUGUACAACAUUAUGUCUACAAUGGGAGCCUGAGGUGAUAGCAGUAGCACUCAUGUUCUUAGCUGGUAAACUUAGCAAGUUUGAAGUUGUGGACUGGAAUGGACGAAUACCAAAACACAAUGCCUGGUGGGAUAUGUUCGUGGAAGAUAUUACUAUGGAGUUAUUGGAGGACAUUUGUCAUCAGGUGUUGGACCUGUAUUCGAUGCAAGCCCAACCUUCUGGGGGUGAUUCUCCUCCAAUACCAUCUACCACAAAACCUCCAAAAAACGAGAAGAAACCGCCCUCCGGUACACCGCCCACUUCCGUCUCACCUGUCGCCCCUGUCGUGAAUAAGACGGCGACUCCGGUGAAGAACGGCGCGGGCAUGGGCGUGGGCAUGGGAAUGGAGCCGAGGCCGGAGUUGCCGCGGGCGGGGGCGGGCGCGGGGGCGGAGGCGCGGUUCCCGCUGUACGGCGCGCCGCCGGGCGCGUACUGCGCGCCGCCGCCGCGUUUGCCGCCGCCGCCGCGCUUGCCGCCGCCGCCGCGCCUGCCGCUGCCGCUGGUGUACAGCGAGCCGCCCCCCUCGUACCCGCCGGUGCUGGUGCCGCCGGUGCCGCCGCCCCCCUACUACCCGCCCCGCCCCUACUAUCCCCCCCCGUGACGCCGCGGGGGCGGUCUCUCCUAGGUUAAUGUGGCAUUUUUUUACAGAAAUAUAUUAACGAUAGACUAAUUAUAAACGUGAUUUUAUUUCUCCUCUACGUCUAUGUUUAUAUUAAAUUUUUUAUUUGACAAUGGGGCUUAAUGAUUUGAUGAUUCUUCUAACGCUGACAAUAAUAAUAAUCAACAUUUUGUCAUCACAUGUACAGACGAGUUUCAUUUAAUAAGUUUCCAACGAGUACCUCUUCACUGGACAUGAAUAUCUAUUCUAUUUUUUGGCGCAUUCAGUGACUCAACUAUACGGGCUGUUCUUUUUUACUAAGUGUUUAUGGUAAUAAUUUGAAAAUUAAGAACACAACUGCCAAAAUCUAACUAAAAUAAAAAUCUCACUGCAAUUAAGCGACUUCUUAGAUUACAAAUUUUUCACAGAAUGCUCGCCCGAGUGCAACGAGCUUUUAGUUCACUUGAUUCUGACUGAAUUGACUUGAUUCUCUAUUUUUAGUUCGAUUUUGGCAGUCAUAUUUCUUAUUUAUUAAUUUUUAUUUUAUUCCUCUACAGUGCUAUUAAUAAACAAGGUUUAGCAUCACACUAAAUUGCAAUUUUAAUAAAACUCUAAAUUCAUAAUAUAAAGAGAAUAAGCAAAUCUACUACCUUCUAGGAGUAAAUAUUACUCCCGUAGGACCUCGUACUAGGUUAACCUUUACUAAGUCUCUGUUUAAUAAUAUGAAUUUUGACUAAUACUAAGUGAAGUCUCAGCGUAAAUUUACUCCAACGCUAAACCUUGUUUAUUAAUAAUACCGUUAGUGAUCAUUAAAUGUAUACAUAAUAUUUUUGGAAU